UUGACUUCCCAAAUCGUAAUUGAAUUCAUUGAUUUUUUGGCAAGUACUCUCCUAAAAGGUUCAAAAGGUAGAUUCAUCAUUUUACCAUAUUGUGACUCAGUCACUAACUUUUCCGUUUCAUUUUUUUGUCUGCGAUUCCCAAAUUUUGAGUCAUUGGCUUGAUAAUUUAUGUGGGUGCGCUUAACUAUGUUACAUUUGUGAUAAUUUAUGAAUACGAAAAAUGGAUCAGGCGCUGUGCUCCGUUUUCAGAUCAACUGCAAAUUAUAUGAAGCAGAGCUAACCGAAUUUUCCUUUUUUCAGUCGCGUAUCAUGUUCAUUUCAAACAACUGUAUCCCUUAUUAGUCAUCAGAAGAAGAUGGAAAAAUGGGCCGGCGACGAACAAUUUCUCCACGCCAUUAUAGAUUUAUAACCAAUUUUCGAUUAGUGACUGACACGAUUCCAGUAAUGACCAAUCAUGGAUCAAUUACUUUAACCCAUAAUUAAUCGUCAGUUUAUCCGGUUCAGUCAAAACAUGGCGGACAAAUUCCACCAGAAUAACCACAACAGCAACAGCGACAGUUUAAACAUGUCAGCAGUUGAGAGCUCAGAUUACAGACUGCAGCCGCCGUACAAUGCGCUCUCAAACUCAAACAAUGUGAACCAAACCGGAUCAGUGGCAAACAUGGGAGACGAGGAGGCAAAGCUCUUGGAGUGGUGUGCCAGUUGUUGCCAGGGAUAUCCAGGCGCGGUAGUCGACAACUUUACCUCGUCAUGGGCCGAUGGACUGUUAUUCAAUGUCCUCAUACAUUAUCAUGACCCGACCUUGUUUGAUUACCAAGACGUGUACAGAGAGAUGAGUUCGAAAGAGAGAAUAAGACACGCGUUCGAUAUUCUGAAUCAGUUGAAUAUUUUCAUGAUUAUCGGACCAAAUGACAUUAGCCUUACAGAGCCGGACUCAACAACUGUCAUUUUGUAUGUGCUCAAACUGUUCCAGGCUUUCGGCUUCGCGAAUGAAAUUGACGGGGAGGGGAGUCUGACUAAAAAGUCAUCUCUCAACUCCGUGUCGGCAUCCUCUCAGAUAUCAGGUUCCAAAAACAACAGCCUUUCAAAGCGGAACAAACAACCAAACAACAGUAAUAAUUCCUCGUCAUCCUACAUUCUAUCGCACAACUCUGCAGCCGAGUUUCUAACCCCAUCCCAAGUACUUGCCAACGUCACGAGAAGUGUAGACGAAACUCUCAGUUGGAUCACAGAAGUUCACGACAAACUCGCUUCUAUUCACACCGAAAUAGAGUCGCUGUCUCAGCUAGCCGACGCAAGGAAGUUGUUCCACUCAACCGAAGACUUCUUCAACGAUUUAUCAUAUCAGAAUAUGGAGAUCAUUAAUCUCAUUGCACAAGGUCAGACGUCAAUGCCAAAGCUGAACAAUGUAGCCGAAUCGCGGAACCUCUCAAAGAAGCUACUGACCCUAAAGCGUGACUGGGAAAACGUAAAAAAUCGAGCAGCCAAAACCCAAACCGAUGUCCAAAGUGCUCUUAUGAGCUACGAAAAAGCCGAAAUUGAUACUAUGGGAGAUCGAAUGACGGUUAUAGAAGAUCGUAUCGACAAAAUUACUGCGAUUCCUGGAAAUUAUGAAUUAGUCGAAGAGCAUAUUUCAGAAGUCAGCAGUCUUCAAGACCUUUUGCAGUCAUAUCAGCCGAAAAUCAACGACUUAGGAAGUGCAGUCAUUUUAGUAGACGAGGCUGAAAAUUAUCAGGAUUUGGAAGAGGAGCUGAAUUUAUUAGGGAACAGAUGGGCGAAGAUCUGUAAGUGGACUGAAGAAAGGUGGGAUUUGCUGCAAGUUAUUCACCAAAAAUGGGAUCAAUUUUACGAAAUGAAAGAAAGCUUUUCACUGUGGCUAAAUUCACAAAUGUCUUCAGUUGAAGACUUGAUUCUGAAAUCUUCUAGUGACGAUUUGGUAUUGACUCAAGCAAAAGAGUAUUUCAAACAGUUGAAAGCACUUGAAAACAUUAUGGAGACAAAACAAGAAGAGUUUGCAGCGUUGGGCGACGUUUCAGCCGAGUUGUGUAAAUACAACGAAAACGACGAAAGCUUCGUUGACGUGCAAAAUAGCAUUAUGCAUCUCGCUUCUUUAUGGGAUAUUUUAGUCCAAAAAAUGGAAGAUCUAGGAGAUCAGUUGGGAAAAAGUUCGCUUUUCACAACGAAAUUAACUGAAGAUAUAAACGCACGUGAUCGAGUGGCUCAAAUGACUACAAAUAUCGUUCUCACUGAAAAAGUUCAGACAAGUUCAACAGUUGAACAGAAGUUGGUGCCCACAGUAAAUGUCGAUGCUAUGAGAAAGUUCUCGGAACGUGCAGUAAAAGUAGCGUAUGAUCUCGCAGUUAAAGAACUAGAAACUUCAUUUAGUUCUUCAGACGCUAAAAACAGCGAACACAGUGCGUGUAAUAAUGGAGUUUCAGCGGACGAAGAAUGCUCAUCACGUGCGUCCGUCAGGCACGAGUCAGAAUUGGAAGUGAAAGAGAACCCGCUGGAACACUGCUUCUCGCCGACAGCGAUGGAUCUGAAAGACGUUUGUUGUGAAAGUAACUCCAACAUAGCGAAUUACGAAACGGUAGAAGACGACUCUCAAAGAAGUUCACUUGACGCUAUUCACAGAUAUAGUCAGUUAUCGAUAGAUGUGAAUUCGUCCUUUGAGGCAGAAAAAGUUUUAAAUAUCCCUCCUUCAGGUCGGGAAACUCCAAAAUCUGAAACGAACACUGGGCAAAUUAGCGAAAGAGACAAAGAAAAAAUCAAAGAGGUCUCCAAAUGGUUGGACACAAUAACGCCAGAAGUCAACGCUUUGUCACAUUGUUCAAACUCGGCCAAAAGCACCAAAUCUAUUUUAGAAAAUCUGAUGUCAGAUUUUGACGCCAAAGAUAUCGAAAUUGACUGGUUACCAGAAUCAGAUGAAAGUGCUUCGGAGGUACGUGAGCGCUUCGCCGCUCUGAGGAAGAUUGUCCGCAACAAGGAAUUAGAAAUCUCAGCUUUCUUUGCUCAAAAACAAUUACUAUCCGAGCUUGAAAUCUUGGAGAGAUUAGCCAAUGAAACGAGCGAAUGGAUAAACGCGCAAGAGCCAAUAGGAAUUGAGCAAGGAAAAAUUAAAUUUCAACUUGACCAAUGCCAAGGAAAGUACUGGGAAGUCCAGAAACAUCGAGUGAAGCUGGAUAAUUUGGAGGAAAAUGAUCUGGAUAGUCUGGAACAGAACAAAGAGUUUUUGGAUCCGCUGACUUUCAAAUCCAUUUAUUCGAGGCUGAAACAUUUGAAAAGCAGUUUCGACAAAAGUAUGCUGUGGCUGGAAAAUCGAGACAAACGGUUAACGGUGUCGUUGGAUAACACGCCGCCUCAAAAGUACUCGGAUUCUCUCUCGGAUCUGACGUCAUUUUUAGCCGAGCUGAAAACGAAAGUGGAGUCAAUGGGAUCACAUGUUGUGUGUGAUAUAAAUGUGAUGGAGGAAAAUUUGCAGACGUGUAAAGGCUUAAAACGCAAAGCAGUUGAACUUGGCGUCGCUUACGAUUAUGUCAAAACUAGUUUUAAAGAAAUUGCCCAAAGAUGCACGGACCAUUCGAAAGGAGAGUUCUUGAAAAGUCAGAAUAGCGAAGUUUGCGAUAAAUGGGUUCGCUAUACUAAGAAAAUCGACGACAAAACAGCUCAUAUUGAAAAAUGGCUGAAGGUUUUCAAAAAGUUCAACGAGGAAGUCAGCGGACUUAAUACGUGGAUGGAUCAAGUUUACAUGUUUUUGCAUUCAGAGGAGGCUGCCCUUGGUGAUGUUGCAACAGUUACGGCACAGUUUGAACAGAGCAAAGCUUUAGAAGAAGAUAUUUCAACAAUCAAGCCAAAUUUAGUGACCAUUUUGGAAAUCGGCCAGCAAUUGAUUGAUCGAUCUGCGCCAAAAUAUGGGCGAAAACUGAGAAGUUCGCUGGACACUUUGCAGAAAAAAUGGGACAAAACUGUUAAGUUGACAAAACAACAAACAGCAAUGCUAGAAGUUGCUCUUGACAAAAGUAAAACCCUGGACGACUCUUUAAACCAGUUAAGAGCCGUCUUGGAAGACAUAAGAAGCAGCCAAGUUUCGUUGGAGAAUUUUGAAGUGAAAACAUUAGACCAGAUUCCACGUCAAAUUGAGCAGUACUCGAAAAUACAGGAAACAGUUAGAAAGCAAGAGCAUCUUGUUAAGAAAAUCGAAUCAGUUUAUAAUGAAAUUGUGAAACAAGAUUUGAUGGAUGGACUUGAUGAGUUAAUGACACGUGUUAAUACAGUCAACGAUGCCUGGUCUGCGAUUAAAAAACACGUCGACCAAAGUUUGGAUAAUUUGUCUCUAGCCAGUGAAAAUUUUGCACUCUUGAAGAGCAAAGUUGAAAAGCGAAGUGAGUGGUUGCUAGAAGUAGAGAAGGUUCUAGAACGAACGCCGAAGUUAGUAGUGGGCGAUGCGGAGGAUCUUUCAGAGCAACUGGAUUGUCUGGACAGAAUCUUAGACCAGGAACCGGAACCAAUUGACGAAAUCAAUGAACUGGCAACGAAGUUGAAAGAAUCGGCGAUUUUAGUAGUUGAAGUCAAAGAAUUGGCAGAUAAAGUUGAAAAUUUGACUACUUCGAUAGAAGUUCCAGCGAAGGAAUUAAAACUGACAAUGCAAACGAAUUUGAAGAACGUUCAAAAUAUUCAAAGUGAUAUUAUCGAAACUCAAACGUGGAUUUCAGAGACGGAUAAAAUCAUCCAUGAUUACAUCGAGGAAGACAUUUUCUCAGAAAAAGUUCCAGAUGAAUUUUCCAAAAUCGAAGAAGAGAUGGAACAUUUUCAGCAGAAGAUUAAAGAUAUCAACCAGCAAUUUACCCAGAUGACCUUGAACUCCUCUGACAGAAUCCAGCAACAACUGAACCUCCUAGAACAAGACAUGGCGAAGUUAGAGGUGAAAUUUGUGAAGUUCCAAAAACCAGCCUCGUUCGAAGAAAAACGCGAAGAAGUUCUGACUAAAUUAUCGAGUGUUGCUCAGACUUUAGAGUCUGCUGAAAUUAAAGACUGGAACGAGGAGUACCUCCAAAUGUAUCUAGAUGACCAUGAAAGACUUUACACGGAAUUGAGUAGUCUGAAGCCAGAGGUCGAAUUCGUUCUCAAAACCGGAUAUAGUAUCAUCGAAUUGAGUCAAACUGAAGAUCCAGAUAAGCUGGACGGCAGUUUGUGUGAAAUAAAAAACCAGUUUAAUGAAUUGGGCGCGCAAGUAACAGCGGGAAAGGGGAUGUUUGAAAGCGCUGUUAAGUAUUCGAGAAGGAUUUCGGCGAAUUAUAUUGAGCUGACGGAUUGGAUUGACCAAACUGAAAAACAGCUUCAAACUGAUUCUCUGAAUUCUCAGGUUGAGGACCUUCUGUAUGAUUUACAACUUCACGAACGAGAAAUGAAGAAUCUGUUACAUGAUACAGACGAGCUGUUGGAUUUGGCAGAACCACACCCACUCCCAUCUUUGGAACAGAUGGUGGAAUCGGCUAACCAACAGUUCAAAACACUGGCUCAUAAAAUAGCAGACCACGUGAAUAAAACAGUUCAGAACGAAGAUAAAGCGAAUUCGCAGCCUGUUAAAAGUGUAUCGCAGAAACCAAAUACGAGUACAAGUGCUGAGACGAGCAAAGUGCCUAAAGCGACUAAACCGAAAGCAGUUUCGAACUCGGAAAAUAUUCCGGAGUCAGUUGCUACUGAUACUUCUACGUGGUAUGGCCUCGUUAAUAUAAUUCGAAAGUGGUUAAUAAUUGCCGACAGAGACUUAUACGAGAUCGAAACCGCGAGCGAACCGAAAGACGACGAGACGAAAGCGGGUUACGAUCGACUGAAGAAAGAGUUGAAAGAGCAAGAGGUCAAGAAAAGAGGUUUGAAAGCAAUGGCAGCCGAAGCGAAAGCUGCGGGAGACACGCGAAUAGACGAAGAAAUCAAAUGUUUCAACAGUCAGUUUAACAAUGUCAGUUUGCGAAUUCACACGGCGAAAGAGACCGUUACAAAAAUACCGUUUGUAAGUCGAACUCUGGGACCUUUCGAUGGCAACUCGGAACCGGAAGUUUCUGAGCCAGUGAGUGAAAAACCAACAGAAUCAUCGCCAGUAGAAACAAAACCGGAAUCGAAAUCCGAAUCGAGUGACGAAAAAUCUACGGCCAGAGCCGACUUUGUUCCGAAUGCAAUGGCGUUAGCUCAAGAACAUCUGGAAUUAGAACAAGAGUUGAAAAGUUUGAAAAUGGUUGUCGACGAAAUUAGCCAGUGUUGUAAAAUAAUUUUGAGUGAAGAUGAAAACACCAGUUUCGGAAGUUGCAGCAGUAGUAGCAGCGCUGAGGAGUUGGACAUGGCACGACAGGAAAUUUCGAUUAAAAAUUUAGAAAAAUUGGAAAAACUUUUCUCCAAUUCCGAGCACCGUUUCAAGGAGCUUUUUGUCCGAGGAUCAAAAGUUGUGAGUCGCAUGAGUAGAAGUAAUUUUUCGAAAAGCAGAAGUAUGCAAGAGAAACUCGAGUCAUUCAAGGGCGAAUGGGACUCGGUCAAGAAGCAGAAAAACUUAGUGAUCGAGAAACAGUGGUAUGCUUUCAAACGUGAAAUCCAACAUUUUGAGAUUUUUCUGUUCGAGCUUGAGCGAAAAACGAAACAAACAAAAGGAAAUUUGCCAAAAUUGAAAAUAAUAUAUCCAGAUUUUAUUCACCUGAAGCAAGAUUUUGCAGCUAUUAAUUUCAGAACACGUGACUUGUUCGCCCACGGAGGUUCAAAGGAAGGCGAACUUUUGCUGAGUAAAUUGACAGAAAAGUGGAAAUACGUUGAAUCUUAUUUCGAAUGGUUUGAUCCACAACAGAGCUACCAAACAGACGAGCAAAGCGGUGCAAGUGUCUCGAGUAAUAAAAACUCGGUGAAAGAGUUCAUGGUCGAAGCUUACCCGAUCAUGAUUUCAAUAAACGAAACCAACACCGAUCUAAAAUCAACUGAUUUGUUCUUAUCCAAUGAAAGCAACUUGUCAAAUUUGGUGUCACAGUUAGAAGUGUUGGAAGCAAAACUAUCUGCAAUUGAUUCGGAAAUCAAAAAUUUGGAACUCGUGUCGCGAGGAUACGGCGAAGGCUCAAACUCAGAGUUCGAAGCUCGUGAAAUCGAGCGAGUUUUCACUCGACUCAAGUUGGACUAUUCGCAGUCGAAGAAACGAUUUGAUAUGAAGAAAGAUCAAUUUGCGCAUUGUGUUACUGAAGUUCAAGUUCUUUCUGAUUUCUUGAAAGUGUUGACAGCCUGGGCAACAAAAACGGAAGCCAUGUUUUCAAAUACGAGACUUCCUUCGGGUAAAUUGAAUCUGCAGCGGGCUCAGAUAGAACAGCCAGUUUUGGAAAGUGAGCUUAAGACAAACGCUCAGGUUUUUGAGUCACUCAAAACUCGAUACACAGACUUAACUCAAAUGAGCGCGUCUUUAGAUACAACUUUCUUGAACGAAAAAAUUGAAGCGUUCGAGAGACGCUGGAAAGUUAUCGCCGAUGAAAUAAAUAAUCGCAAAACGUACAUGAAAGAUUUUCAACCUACGGUUGAAAAAUUCUUGAGAGAGAUUGAUUCAAUUUUAGCAUGGGUAAAUAAAGCCAAUGAUUUUUUGGCACAACAGCCUGGAAAUUCGGAAAUCGAUCAAUUACUAGCCCACCAUGAAGAGCUCAAAAGUCAUAUUAAGGAGCUAGAAAACAUAAAUGACCGAAUCCAAGAUAUCAACGAAAUGGGAAAAGAAUUGACAGCUAGCAGUCCUGCAGAUUUGGAGUUGAUUGAGUGCAAAUUACGUGAACUGAAUCCGCGAUAUGUGAACAUUUCACACGCGGUGCUGAGGUCAAGCCAUGAGAUCGACUCGCUACUUCGACUAACAAGAGAAUAUACAGAUGCCUUGAGUGAACUAGAACAAUGGAUUCCUGUAGCGAAAUCUACACUUGAUGAUCCGGCGCUGGUAUCUGACUUUAGCGCCAUGUCUAAUUUGAAAAAUGUUUUGACAGAGAAAACUAACUUGGUCAACGUCAUCAAAAGUUAUGACAACGUUCAAGAUCUGAAGUGUUUCGAGGAGCGAGCGGCGAAGGUGUUGCACGAUGUUGCUGAAAUAACGCAUAGAAUUACGAACAGCCAGCCUUCGAAUAUUGAACUGCAAAGUAUUUUGAGGCAGUCAAAGUUACGAGAACUUGACAGAGAAGCGGUUAUUCAAUCUGGUCAUGAUCAAUUUGAUUCUACGAUUGAAGAAAUAAGAGAUUGGUUGAUAAUUUUGAAGCAUUUACUCAAAUCGGAAAUGGUGACAGUUGGAGACGUUAACCACAUUAAAAACUUGAUUAGCAGACAAAAACAGAUUCUGAACGACCCAGGAAUGACGAGUUCCGAGGAAAUUAUGAACGAUCCAGGGUUCGCUGGCGACGAAAGCGACGAGUUGACCAAGUGUCUUUUCGGAAUACAAAACGGCCUCCAGUUUGUCCAGGGAUACCUGCUAAAUUUGCACGACGGUCCGGGAACUGCCGAAGCCAAUGAAGACGAUUCAAAGAUAUCGAUUCUUUCUAGGUUGGAAUCCAUCAAAAAAGACUGGGAAGAAUGCCGUGAACAAGUUGUGGAUCGAUGUCGACAUCUCGAAAUCUUACUUCAGGCUUCGGAAACUUUCCUGAACAUCUACGAUAAUUGCAGAAAUGAUUUGUGCAAUACAGAGUACAAACUGACUCAUUUUGGAGACAUUGGUUACAGUUCGAAUGUUUUGAAGAGACAAAUCUCGACGCAAAAAGUUCUGAAAGACGAGAUAAAAGUAUUACGCAAGAGCGUGGAAGCUCUAGUUCGGCUAGCCAAUAAAAUCAUAUCCGAUUUCAGUCAAGAUAACACGACACGAGUUCGAGAAAUGAGAGAUUCCAUUUAUAGCAACUGGAAACGAGUCAUGAAAAUUUCGGACGAAUUAGACGGAGAGUUGAGAAGAAACAUGCAUGAGAUUGACAAUUUGACCAGAAACGCGAAUGAUUUGCUUUAUUGGAUGCAAGAAAUUGAACUGCAAAUCGAAGUUUUGGCGCUUGAAGUUUCGACCAAUGAUUUAAUUGAAAAUGAAGCACAGUAUUUUCAGUGGCAAGUUCAAUGUAAGGAGUUUCAACUUGAAAUUGCGAAUCAUCGGGGUCUAUGGCAUUCAGUCGAAAGUGCUUGUCACAAAGGUCUGAAAUCUCUCAAACCAGGAGAAGAGUUUGAUAUUUCUGUUCCAUUUUUAGACGAAUUAACAGUCAAGUGGAAUUCGAUUAAACAGAAAGUUAAGCAAAUCAGACAGAAAUUGAAUAUUAACAUGGAACAUUGUAAACAGUUGAUCGGCGCGCUAGUUAGUCUUAACACAUGGGUAGAGCAGUAUCUGAAAGAGACAAACGAAAAAUCAGCGUCGCAAUGCGGAUCUUUAAGCGAAGUUGAAGCUUUGUAUGACAAAUUCAUCAUAGAUAGAGGACAGAUUAGUAAAAAGCAGAAAAUGAUUGAAGCUAACAUUGAUCUUGGAAGGCAAUACGUGUUGGAAUUGGAAGAUACUUUUGCACGUGUUUCUGCUGACCUUGAACUUUAUUCGGAACGACGAGGAAGUAUUGUAAGCGUUGCAAGCGAAGACUCGCCCGAGUCCGUAAAGGAAGUCGUGAACAACAUAAACUCUUUGAUCAACAAGUUGAACGCAAAUUGGGAAGAGCUGGCUAAAAAGUUGGAAUCGAAAGGAAAAGAGAUCACGGAAACUAUGAAAAGAUACCAAGUGUUUACCACUUCGUUAAAUAACUUGUUCAGAAAAGUUCACGAGGCUGAUAAUUUGAGAUAUCGUUGGGUUAAUGUGGAAACGAUAACAGUUGAAGGCGUUCCAGAAGAACUAGAAAUCAUCAAGAAUUUCGAAAGUCACCUCAAGGCCCUGAAAGAAACACUUGACGCUCUAAAUGCAGAUUCAAAGAAGCUAAACGUUGCAGUUGAAGAGAAAAAACGCGUGUCAACUUGCUCGACUAAGUGGAACGAAGUUCAUACAUCAACAGAACAGAGGAAAAAUAAACUAAAAAAGCUCCUAAAUGAAUAUGGACCAAAUUCGCAGUCUCACUUAGCCAAUUCCGUUUCAGCGCCUUGGGAGCGAACCGUCGCCCCAAAUAAAGUCCCCUUUUAUAUUAACCACAAGACCGAAUCGACACAAUGGGAUCAUCCAAAGUACUCUGAUUUUAUGGACAGUUUAGCCGAAUUGAACAGCGUGAGAUUUUCGGCUUACAGAACGGCUAUGAAGUUAAUGAAACUAGAGACGUUUCUUAAUUUUGAAACAAUUGACUUACAGCAAGUUCAAGCUGCUCUUGACAAGCAGGAUUUCAAGAAACAAGAUUCUGGAUCUUUCAUCGACGUUGCAGAUGUCAUAAAUUGUCUCAAUUCUUUAUUCCAACCUGUCGUAACGAAGAAAAAGAAUCAGGUCAAGUUAUCCUUUUUAGUGGAUUUGACGCUUAAUUUCAUCCUAAACGUGUUCGACGCCCCCAGAAACGGAAAGAUUCGAAUACUUUCUCUGAAGACAGCUCUGGCUACCUUAUGCCGGUGUGGAUUAGAGGAUAAAUAUAAGUUUUUGUUCAAACUUAUGUGCUCAAAUGCUGCAGCUGCAUCGUGCAGUAGUGCUGACCUUGGAAGAUUGAUUCACGACAUUAUGCAAAUUCCGAAACAGUUGGGAGAAAUCGCCUCGUUUGGUGGGAGUAACAUCGAGCCCAGUGUUAAAAGUUGUCUGUCGCUGAGUCAGAACAAAAGCAGCAUCGACCUGAACACUUUUCUGGAAUGGAUGAAGUGCGAGCCCCAGAGUCUGGUUUGGCUGCCAGUACUGUUUAGAAUGCAAAACGCAGAGGUAGCGAGACAUCAAGCGAAGUGCAACAUCUGUAAGGCGUUUCCGAUCACUGGAUUCAGAUACAGAUGCCUGAAGUGUUUUAACUUUGACAUGUGUCAGAAUUGUUUCCUGGCGGGGAAGUCCCACAAGAGUCACAAGCUGAGUCACCCGAUGCAGGAGUACUGCUCGGCUUGUAACACGAGCGAAGACGUCAAAGCGUUCGCCAAAGUCUUCAAAAACAGAUUCUCAGGGAAGAAAGUAAGAAAGCGUGGAAGCAAGUUAGGAUAUCUCCCGGUCCAAACUGUGAAAGAGGGACGCAACCUGGAAACGCCCAAUCAGAACAACCAAAACUUCUACCUAGCCUCAGACGGGGGCAAAGGUCAGCACGGAGACUACCCAGUGGAUGACCUCUACGCCUCGGGAACCGGCAACAAGUCAAACGGGUUUGAAGGUCGCAGUUACUCUUCCAUGUCCAAUUUCAGUCAACCCUCGUCAUCAAUGGGAGCCUUUUACGCUGGCGCUUCUGGACAACAUAUGGAAGAACCAGUCAGUCCUCAGCAGCUGAUAGUAUCCAUGGACAAGCAGGAGCAAUGUGAAUUGGAAGAAUUAAUUACGGCUUUAGAAGAGGAAAACAAAGGCCUGCUUAAGCAGUACGAAGACGUCAAACAAGAAAGUUACGAGAUCAAUUCGUCAAUUAUGAAUAGGCAGUCACUACAUGGCAAUACUGGAUUCCCACAUUCUUAUAGCUUGUUAAAUGCGAACGCUCAAUUUGCUAGUGGCGGAGGUGUCUUGACACCUACUGAACGCGGAGAUUCCCAAUCGUUAUCAUCAAGCGCCGCAAUCCACGAAACGCAGCAGUUGUACGCGGACAAAUUUAAACUAGAAAACAGAAUGCGACUUCUAGAAGAUCAAAAUAAGCAACUAGAAGCGCAAUUGGAGCGACUGAAAAAACUGCUAGCGCAUCCGGCUACCUCUCAAACGCAGAGUCCGCCGACUAAUCCACCCCAAGCAAAUCAUCGAUCCAGAAGCAAUACUGGGAAGAGCUCGCUCAACCAGUCCUUGAACCAACCAGGAGGUACUGGAAAUGCGGAACCGGCAUUUCAUUCCUGCAUGGACUCAACAUGUUCGCCUUCUUCCUCAUUUCAGUCUCUGAACAGCGACAAAAACAGUCUCUCUAUCAAUCACAACUCGACCAUAAGAUUCAACACAGUUCCUCCGGCACCUCAGCAAGGUCAAAUGAUAGGAACGAGGAGUCAUUUUAACAGCAAUAGUAGGCCUAUGACGACGACGCCGUCUCAAGGUGAAAUUGAGCAAUCGAGAGAGAUAAUACACAACAAUAGUGGUCAACAAAAUCAACUCACGGCAAUGUUAACGCAAUCGAACUCGAGAACCCCAACCCAAAGUCCCUUCUAACAAAUCAAAUGACGUUGGUACCCAAACAGAAUUUUGUAUUCGUUCAUAGAAUCCGAGUUUCAAUUUGGUCACAAGUAGAUGCGGAUUCUUUCAUUGUCUCAUUGAAGAAUAAUAUUGUCAUAAUUCAGUAAUCAAAUAGAAAACUGAAAACUGAGAUAGAUUUAGAAAUUUCAAAUUUCGCAAUAGAUUUUCACGGAAUUAUAAAUGAUUUACUUAAUACUGGGUUUUAGA